AUGUCACCGCUCUUCCAUUAUUCAUUCAUCCUAUGUCUCCUCGUGCUCGUCUCGCACAACAUCUGGCACCGCCGGUCGCUCUCGUACCUCCCCAACCCCACCCUUCCCUCGAUAAUACCGACCCCGUUUAAGUCACUCUUCCCGUCAGUCUCGCUCAAUGGAAUCACAUUUCUCGCCAAGGAGUGUCAGAGUCUCACCCAGCUACCCUACCAACCCGCGAACAACCCUCAAGCCCUCUUCGCCCCACACAGCAUGCCAACGUUCAUCCUCGCCUCGUCCCACCGCCUGCACGCGUCCGCCUUUGCAGUCGUGGGGCUGGGCACCCCUCUUCACCCGGCACGGCAUGCCAACGCUCAUCUUCGCCCCGUCCCACCGCCUGCAUGUGUCGAUGUGUCGCUCAGUCAGCUUAAAAUACCACCUCCUUCCCCUUUCUCCCCCCUCUCUUCCCCAGCCCUCUUCGCUCCACACGGCAUGCCAACGUUCAUCUUCGCCUCGUCCCACCGCCUCCACGCAUCCGCCUUUGCAGUCGUGGGGCUGGGCGCGCGGGCAGGGCGGUACCUGUGGGGGAGCAGGGAGGAGACGUGCCUGUGGAUCUCCCUUGAAGGACCGAGGGCUAUUACGGUAAGCACUGGAGGGUCAAUUCAUCCCUCCGCACCGCACUACACCGCACCGCACCGGAAGGGUGCUGGUUGCUGUGCUGGGCGCGCGGGCAGGGAGGUACCUGCGGGGGAGCAGAGAGGAGACGUGCCUGUGGAUCUCCCUUGA